AGUAGUAGUAGUAGUAGUAGUAGUAGUAGUAGUAGUAGUAGUAGUAGUAGUAGUAGUAGUAGUAGUAGUAGUAGUAGUAGUAGUAGUAGUAGUAGUAGUAGUAGUAGUAGUAGUAGUAGUAGUAGUAGUAGUAGUAGUAGUAGUAGUAGUAGUAGUAGUAGUAGUAGUAGUAGUAGUAGUAGUAGUAGUAGUAGUAGUAGUAGUAGUAGUAGUAGUAGUAGUAGUAGUAGUAGUAGUAGUAGUAGUAGUAGUAGUAGUAGUAGUAGUAGUAGUAGUAGUAGUAGUAGUAGUAGUAGUAGUAGUAGUAGUAGUAGUAGUAGUAGUAGUAGUAGUAGUAGUAGUAGUAGUAGUAGUAGUAGUAGUAGUAGUAGUAGUAGUAGUAGUAGUAGUAGUAGUAGUAGUAGUAGUAGUAGUAGUAGUAGUAGUAGUAGUAGUAGUAGUAGUAGUAGUAGUAGUAGUAGUAGUAGUAGUAGUAGUAGUAGUAGUAGUAGUAGUAGUAGUAGUAGUAGUAGUAGUAGUAGUAGUAGUAGUAGUAGUAGUAGUAGUAGUAGUAGUAGUAGUAGUAGUAGUAGUAGUAGUAGUAGUAGUAGUAGUAGUAGUAGUAGUAGUAGUAGUAGUAGUAGUAGUAGCAGUAGCAGUAGCAGUAGCAGUAGCAGUAGCAGUAGCAGUAGCAGUAGCAGUAGCAGUAGCAGUAGCAGUAGCAGUAGCAGUAGCAGUAGCAGUAGCAGUAGCAGUAGCAGUAGCAGUAGCAGUAGCAGUAGCAGUAGCAGUAGCAGUAGCAGUAGCAGUAGCAGUAGCAGUAGCAGUAGCAGUAGCAGUAGCAGUAGCAGUAGCAGUAGCAGUAGCAGUAGCAGUAGCAGUAGCAGUAGCAGUAGCAGUAGCAGUAGCAGUAGCAGUAGCAGUAGCAGUAGCAGUAGCAGUAGCAGUAGCAGUAGGAGU